AUGGAAAGGCAGAGAUAUGCGGGUGACCACUGGGGCUGCCGGGUGAGGGUCGAGUCAAUACGUCCGAAAUCAACACGGUUGUUUCGCAAACCUCGCUUUUCCCUGCACGAACAAAAAGAUCUCUUAUUGUCUCCUUUUCUUUUUCUUCAUCUUCCAUUUUUUAUCGACUAUAUUUUCUUCAUCGUCUUCUCGUUUUCCUCUCGUUGUGUGUUGCUCCUUCUUUUAGCCCACCCCGUCAUUAUUGUUCUAUUGGAAGAUUUUUACUUAGUCAGCCUUUAUUCUUCCUUCUCGCUUCUUCUUUCAAUAUUCCUCUUAUUUAACAUCUUUUUCUUUCUCUUCAUCUUUUUCUUUCUCUUCAUCUUUUUCUUUCUCUUCAUCUUUUUCUUUCUCUUCAGACCCUUCAAUUCUAAAUUCCUUCAAUUUUUUUCAAAUCUAAUUUAUCACUCGUUUUCAUUUCUUUAUUCUAUUUUUCCAUUCCCCAUUUUAAGAGUUCAAUUUCAAAUAAACAUUCUUUUCACUUUCUUCCUUUUCUACCUAAUAUUAACAUCUCCUCCUUUCUCUCCUUUCAACAUAUUCUUUAACACUUUUCCCUCCCUUAUUCAAGUUACUCUGACACCCUCGUAUUUCUUUAUAGUUUCCUACUGUUUUUCCCACCUUCUUUAA